GCCAGCCGGGGCCGGGGACGGCCGCCCUCCCUCCCUGCUCGUCGGCGGCCAUGGCGGCCAGCGCCAAGAGGAAGCAGGAGGAGAAGCACCUGAAGAUGCUGCGGGACAUGACCGGCCUCGCCCCCAACCGCAAGUGCUUCGACUGCGACCAGCGCGGGCCCACCUACGCCAACAUGACGGUGGGCUCCUUCGUCUGCACCUCCUGCUCCGGCAGCCUGCGAGGUCUAAAUCCACCACAUAGAGUGAAGUCCAUUUCUAUGACAACAUUUACACAACAAGAAAUUGAAUUUCUGCAAAAACAUGGAAAUGAAGUAUGUAAACAAAUUUGGCUAGGAUUAUUUGAUGAUAGAUCUUCAGUAAUUCCAGACUUUAGGGAUCCCCAGAAAGUGAAGGAAUUCCUACAAGAAAAAUAUGAAAAGAAAAGAUGGUAUGUUCCUCCAGAACAAGCGAAAGUGGUGGCAUCGGUCCACGCGUCUAUUUCGGGCUCCUCUGCUAGUAGUACAAGCAGCACACCUGAGGUCAAACCACUUAAGUCUCUCUUGGGAGAAUCUGCACCAGCACUGCACUUAAAUAAGGGCACACCUACCCAAUCCCCUGUUGUAGCUCGCUCUCAAGUACAACAGCAGCAAGAAAAGAAGCAAUUUGACCUCUUGAGUGACCUUGGCUCAGACAUCUUUGCUGCUCCAGCUCCUCAGUCAACUGCUACAGCAAAUUUUGCUAACUUUGCACAUUUUAACAAUCAUACAGCUCAGAAUUCUGCAAAUGCAGAUUUUGCAAACUUUGAUGCAUUUGGACAGUCUAGUGGUUCGAGUAAUUUUGGAGGUUUCCCCACAGCAAGUCACUCACCUUUUCAACCCCAAAAUACAGGUGGAAGUGGUGCAGCAGUAAAUGCUAAUUUUGCUCAUUUUGAUAACUUCCCCAAAUCAUCCAGUGCGGAUUUUGGAGCCUUCAAUGCUUCUCAGAGCCAUCCAUCAGCAACAACUGUCAAUAAAGUUGUAACAAAUAAAGCUAAUCUCCCAACAGCUGACAAAUAUGCAGCACUUGCUAAUUUAGACAAUAUCUUCAGUACUGGGCAAGGUGGUGGUGGUGAGCAAGGAAGUGGUUUUGGCACAGGAGUUAAAACACCAGCAGGCCCAGCUGUUUCAGCUCCAACCCAGACAAGUUCUUCGGACAAGUAUGCAGCUUUGGCCGAAUUAGACAGUGUAUUCAGCUCAACAUCAACCUCUAGUAAUGCGUAUACUUCCACCAGUAAUGUUAGCAGCAAUGUUUUUGGAACAGUGCCAGUGGGUGCUGCUACACAGACACAACCCACGUCUUCAAGUGUGCCUGCUCCAUUUGGAGCUACACCUUCUACGAAUCCAUUCGUUGCUGCUCCUGUUCCCUCUGUGGCAUCUUCUACAAAUCCAUUCCAGACCAACACCAGAGCAGCAGGCCUUUCAGGAGCAUUGCACUCCCAAGUGUUUCCCCACGCUCAUUUUGCAGCAACAUUUGGCACAGCAUCCAUGAGCAUGCCUGCAGGAUUUGGAACUCCUGCUUCUUACAGUCUUCCUACUAGUUUUAGUGGCAAUUUCCAGCAGCCCGCCUUCCCAGCCCAAGCAGCUUUCCCUCAACAGACAGCUUUUUCUCAACAGCCAAAUGGUGCAGGUUUUGCAGCUUUUGGACAAGCGAAGCCGGUGGUAACCCCUUUUGGCCAAGUUGCAGCUGCUGGAGUAUCUAGUAAUCCGUUCAUGGAAAAGCAGCAUGUGAGUCCUCCUAGAUGCAGUUCAGUAUUCUGGUGACAAGGCAUUCUUAAAGGCUGUUCAAAUUGAAACAGAGGCCGGUGCACCAACAGGACAAUAUCCAACGGGAAGUUCAUCAACCAAUCCUUUCUUAUAGCCUUACAGACACUUUACCCAAAUGAACUCUUACGUGGUUACAUAACAUCUCUGCUCCUCUUGCACUGUUGUCUUGUUUCACUGAUCUUAGCUUUAAACACAAGGAAAGUCUUUCAGAAGCCUGCAUUGUGUAAUAAACACCAGGUGAUACGUGCAAAACAGAGGGCUCUGGUAACAUCCCAUAACCUAUGAAUUGGCAGAAAGAGAUAGCGGUAUCAUGUAUAUUAAAAUUGGCUAAUAUUAAGUUAUUGCAGGUACCACAUUCAUUAUGCUGCAGUACUGUACAUAUUUUUUUCUUAGGAAUUAGCUAUUUGUGCAUAUCAGUAUUUGUAACUUUAACACAUUGUUAUGUGAGAAAUGUUACUGGGGAAAAUAGAUCAGCCACUUCAAGGUGCUGUUGUACCUCUUGGAAUGAAUGACCUAAAUCAUUUUAACCCUUCCCUUUGAAAGUUAUCAAGUCAAAAUUGGAAGGUUUUAUUCAUUCUUGAAUUUUUUUUCCUUUUCCUAAAGAGCUCUUCUAUUUAUACAUGCCUAAAUUCUCUAAAAUGUAGAGGGAUACCUGUCUGCAUAAUAAAGCUGAUCAUGUUUUGCUACAGUUUGCAGGUGAAAAAAAUAAAUAAUACAAAAUGUUAUUGUUUGUGUGUCCUUGCUGCAGUGCCUUAAACAAAGUGGGCUGGAAUGUGAAAACAGAUUUGUAUAUCCUCACGAGUGUUUUAUGGCCAACGUUUUGUGCUUUAAUUUACAAAUUGUAUAGGAGGUUCACCCCUGGGAAAUUGGACAACCUUAUAAAUUGAGGUGUUUAUUACAAAAGUAUGACCAUUCUUGGAUAUGUUCAGAUCUUUCUGAUGGAUGAUGGAAAAGAUUUCCCACACAGUUUGUCAAAUUCACCCCAAACUUUAACAAAUGUAAAUGCUCAUGCAAUUACUUAUCUAUUCUCCACCUUUUCUGGCCACAUUGAAAUUGUGAAAUUUGAACUGUAACAGGAAUUUGUCCUAUACGCGUGCUUGCAUAUGUCUUUUGUGUGGAAUCAUGAAGUUUCAGAAUGGAAGCUUAAAAGACCUUUUAAAGGGCUCAUCCUGUGUAAUGUAAUAUUUGAGUAUAGGAACAGUGUUAUAUUGGCUGAUUAAUGAUGGAGUAUACUUGUAUUUUUGAGCAAAUCAUUAUUGUCAACUAUGCAGUUAUGGGCACAAAAGGCUAUUAUUUUUGUGUUCCCUACGUGAAAUAAGAAAACAAGAAUGGCUUUGGAAAACACACCUAGGCAUCCCCUCCUUACCUGAGCCUAGGGUACGAAGCAGGCUAAAAAUUAAAUUGCCAUUGUAACCUAACUUUGCAAACUGCUUGAAAAACACCGUUAAUUUUAGUAUCAAUUAAAAACGAACUCUAGGAUAAGUUA